AUGAUAUACUACUGCACUAUCCCCGUACUCUAUCAACAACAACAGUCCGGCAUGCAUGUCAGUGAGGAAGAGCAUCGAAUCCCCGCCAGUGACACAAUCAAUCUCACAUCGCUGAGCCGCAUUUCCAUGCGACAGCAUCUGAUGGCAUUUGCUCUCAUACUUAUCACAUGGACCACCGUGGUCCGCGGGCGUCCGAGUGGACAGAAGUCCGUAUUUCGAUCGACCAUGCCGAUGGACCGGUCUGACAUAUCUUCGGAUUCGUUAGAACUGACUGACUGGCAACCGUUAACUCGUCCGAGUUACAGUUCGUCUCAGAGUGGCACUACCAGCACUGCUUCGGCUUCUUCCACAUCCUCUCCUGGAUUCAAUCGGUGGAACUGGUCCUGGAAAGUGUCACAAAAAUGGACAGACAAUUUCCAAAUGCAUCAGUUUCAUAAACUGUACUUUUUGAACGAUUCGACCGCACUGUGCAAUGAUGGAUCACCAGCCGGGUACUACUACCGACCGUCAAAGAAACGAGACGCUAAAAACUGGUUAAUUUUUCUCGAAGGUGGCUGGUAUUGUUUUGACGAGGAGACGUGCCGACUGCGUGAAUCCAGUACACUUUCCCUGUUUUCCUCGACUUCGUGGCCCACAAAUCGAGCGUUCGACGGAAUUUUGUCCGCAUACGAGAACGUCAAUCCAAUUUAUCAUGACUAUCACAAUGUCACUUCUACACUCACCGUUCCAGAGUUCUACUUUCAUGGUUCAAAAAUUCUGCAAUCAGUCGUUGACCAACUUCCGUGGCCGAAAACCGGACAAGUAGAGCGUGUGGUGUUUGCCGGUUCAAGUGCUGGCGGAAUUGGAGUCCUAAUGAAUGUCGAUCGAUUGAGUCGUCGACUGGUGAAACGUUUGGGCUAUCCGGUCUUGGUGAGUGGGAUUGUCGAUUCCGCUUGGUUUAUCCACACGCCCGCCUAUCGACCGGCCAAAUGUAGCAACGUGUUCGAGUGUCCCGCUGAGGAAGGUAUCCAUCGAGGAAUGCGGUUUUGGAAAGCGCGGAUUCCAAAACGUUGCCGUAAACAACAGCCAAAAGGUGAACGAUGGAGAUGUUAUCUGGCUCCAUUCAUGUACGAAUAUUUAAAAACCCCGGUGUACAUAGUUCAAAGUCUGUUUGACGAAGCUCAAAUGCAAAUGUCCAAAGUGCCCUUGCUUACGGGCGGGACGUACGAAAAAUGGGCCUAUAUUCAGAAAUUGGGUAAAGAAGUGGCCCGUAGCUUGCAAAAUAUCAAUAACUGGGUUCAUAAAGCAAUCGGGACCGUGGGUCUCGUGGAUGCUUUGCAAGCAUGGGAUCGACAAUUGGUCAGAGAAUGGACACGAAAGCGAAUGAUCCUAUGGUCUAUGCAACAUCCAUAUUCCUUACUACACCUUCAGAAUCAAUACAUGACACAACCAGCAGCCGAUCUGGACCAAUCAAUGAAUGCGAGAUUUACCAAAAAUUCCACGCUAUUAUUUCUCUCCCGGCUAGUGUCCAUGUUAAAUCAACGUGGCCAGCGUCGUCAUCGUCGUCACCUGACCACGCGUAUCUCCGAGAUCACUCAGUCUGAGUCAGACAAAUUGGUCAAUUCACCGGAACAAUUAGUUCGGCAAAGAGCAACACGAAAUACCGUGGACACGUACUAUACAUCUAGUCCGACUUCCCUAACAAUGACCAAACAACCGCGGCUCACACAAGCUAAUCCUAGUUAUCAUUCUUAUGCGUGGUAUUUGAAUCGCAUGCCUGCCACACGUUUACCGUCUUAUUUCACGGCCAAUGACUACAAUCUGUAUCACGUGAUCGACUCCUGUGGCCUCGUUUCAGGUCACGGAGAUCGAGGUGGUUAUCUGUGCAAACCGGACCAGUUUAAUGAGACAUCACGUGUUCGACCAUUACUAUCCAAUGGACAAUCACUCGAACCACCGGAAUUUGAUCAUCUGAUACCGCAGUGCAAUCCUACGUGUGGUUUUUUAUCGAAUCCGCAUCGAAUGAAAUUGGUCGAUGUGUUGGCUCUGUACGAGGUGAACACAGACUUGUUAGCUAGCAUUUUAGGACUGACUGCCAGUGAACUGAAAAAUUUAGACUCGGAACAACAAAUGCGUAUGCUAUUCUGUGGGAAUAGUCGCAGAACACGUCGAGCGCGUGACUCGUUCUCAUUCAUGCCUCCACGAGCUGCAGGACCACCUCAUCGAUUCCGGUAG